AGCAGCCAAGCUCGCGCUGGGUGUGCGUGCGCCUGUACCUUGCACUGCGCUGUCGGUCGCCUCCUUCCGCCGCCCAACCACAUGGGUCGCAUGGGGGAGGGUGGAGGAGCUCGGAUUAAAGAAUCAAGGACCCGACCUGCCUUUCUCACUCCUCCUUCACAGAUGUCCCGCUGAGGGAGCUGAGAGGAGGAGGACGACGAGGAGGUUCGGCAGCCAUGAGCUGGAGAAGAGGAGGCGGAGACGGGGGCGUGGCCAGGAGAUGGGUGCUGCUGCUCUGCGUCGGGAGCUUCGGCCUUGGCCUACUAUUCACCAACAGGAUGUGGACAUUGCCUGAAGCAAGUGAGGUACCCAUACCAAAUGAAAGAAGACAGAAAGAGGCUGAGCUUGCGGCCGGAGACUGUAAUCUAGGAAAAGUUCAAGGAAAACGCGAUUACAAUGACAUGUUACAUAUCUCAGAUACUCACCAUGAUGUACAGACUUUAGAUAAGACAAUAGCAAACUUGGAGACAGAACUCUCAGCUGUAAGAUCUCUACAAUAUUCUUUUCUCAAUGGUUCUCCAGUUUCAGAGGAGUACAAGGCUUCUGAGUCUACCGGUAGGCGGAAGUACCUUAUGGUGAUAGGUAUCAAUACUGCUUUUAGCAGCCGUAAGAGAAGGGAUUCUAUCCGCAACACAUGGAUGCCACAAGGAGAAAAGAGGAAAAAACUGGUGGAGAAAGGGAUAAUAAUUCGUUUUGUUAUUGGUCACAGUGCUAUUUCAGGUGGAAUUGUGGAUAGAGCAAUUGAGGCAGAGGAUAGAAAACAUGGUGACUUCUUGAGGCUUGAUCAUGUUGAAGGAUACCUUGAAUUGUCGGGCAAAACCAAGACAUACUUUGCAACAGCUGUUGCUUUAUGGGAUGCUAACUUCUAUGUGAAGGUUGAUGACGAUGUGCAUGUUAAUAUAGUGACACUUGGAAAUAUCUUAUCCAAACAUGUUUUGAAGCCCAGGGUAUACAUUGGAUGCAUGAAGUCUGGCCCUGUCCUAUCUGACAAGGAUGUCAGGUACUAUGAACCUGAGCACUGGAAAUUUGGGGAUGCGGGUAACAAGUAUUUUCGACAUGCCACUGGUCAACUAUACGCUAUUUCAAAGGAUUUGGCAACCUACAUAUCUAUAAACAAACAUGUUUUGCACAAGUAUAUCAACGAGGAUGUUUCUUUGGGAGCUUGGUUGAUAGGGUUAGAUGCUGAGCAUAUUGAUGACCGCAGACUAUGCUGCGGUACUCCACCUGAUUGCGAAUGGAAAGCUCAAGCUGGGAACACCUGCGCAGCGUCGUUCGAUUGGAAAUGCAGUGGUAUCUGCAACUCUGUGCAGAACAUCUGGGGAGUUCAUAAUAGGUGCGCAGAAGGUGAAAAGGUGCUGUUGACUGCUUCUUUUUAAUAAAAAAGAUGGAAGCCCAUAAGAUCUAAAGACCAUCGACAAGGCUAGAUGGUCCUCUAUUGUAUAUUAUUUUUUAGUAUGUUGUACAUUUUGCAGAAAAUGUCCAUGAUUCAUUUGUAGGCCUAUAACUAGUUAGCUACAGUUUAUGAUUGGGCAACACCGCUAAAGCAGACCGCGAUUUUACUCAGCGUCUGCCCGGUGCCAAUUGAGGAUUUACGGGGUAUAGAGCUGAUUGAUUCUUCGAUAUGUUUGGGUGGUCAUUUUGUAUGGACCUAAUAAAAAUACUCAGUAUAUUGUAGAAUAAGACCUCGUUAUUCUUCGUUCA